CUUUUGGGGCUAAAAUGAGUUUUGUUUACUAGCCUACUUAAUUUUCCCUAUAAACAAAAUACUUUAUUCUUAAUUCAUGAUUAAAAGAAACACCAGAAAAGGAGUCUCUUGUGUAUUCCUGAAGAGGUGGUAAAGGUAAAAGAAAAGAAAUCCUCCCCUUCCACCAUGUAAGGAUUCAGUGAGAAAGUACCAGCUUUGAACAGGAAGGAGGGCCCUCAUGAGAACGUGACCAAUGCUGGCACCUUGAUCUAGGACUUCCAGUUUCCAGAACUAAUAUCCACAUUUCAGUUUCUGUGCCUAUCAAGAAUUUUAAUUCAUCAUGGAUAAUCUGUCAUCAGAAGAAAUUCAGCUGAGGGCUCACCAGGUUACUGAUGAGUCUCUGGAAAAUACAAGGAGAAUCCUGGGUUUAGCUAUUGAGUCUCAGGAUGCAGGAAUCAAGACUAUCACUAUGCUGAAUGAACAAGGGGAACAACUAAACCGCACAGAAGGAGGCAUGGCAAAUAAAGACAUGAGAGAGGCAGAGAAGACUUUAACAGAACUCAACAAGUGCUGUGGCCUUUGUGUCUGCCCAUCUAACAGGACAAAGAACUUUGAGUCUAGUAAGGCCUAUAAGGCAACAUGGGGAGAUGGUGGAGACAACUAUCCUAGCAACGUUCUAUCUAAGCAGCCAGGCCACGUGACAAACGGUCAGCCUCAGCAAGCAACCAUAGGAGCAGCCAGCAGCGGAUACAUUAAACGUAUAACUAAUGAUGCCAGAGAAGAAGAAAUGGAAGAGAACCUGACUCAAGCAGGCAGUAUACUAGGACAUCUAAAAAACAUGGCCCUGGACAUGGGCAACGAGAUUGAGGCUCAAAAUCAACAAACAGAGCACAUCACAAAAAAGGCUGACACCAACAAGGAUCGUAUUGACAACGCCAAUGCCAGAGCAAAGAAACUCACUGACAGCUAAAGCUACUGCUGUGCUUUUUUAUCAUUUAUUCACUUCUCUAGCUUGUCCUUCAAAGUCAUUGCCUUUUCAGAGUUUGAAAUUUUGGUUCCACACUCUUCUAAUCAGAAGAUAAUGUGGAAGAAGGGCGAGGAGUAACAGCCCCUUUAUUUUUUUAUUUUCUUUUUCCCUUGAGGGUAGACUGCUGCUCAGCCUUCCUUCUAGUAUUUUCUUUCUCAGUUCAUACUCUUAGAUUGGUUUUCAUACAAUGUACAUAGUGUUGUUUUUCAUCUUCCUCAUUUACUUUAGCAGGUUCUUUUGCUUUCAAGAUUUGGAAACAUUGCCAAAGACAGCCAUGAAAAAGGAAGCUGGGGGCAAGGGUGGGGAAGUGCUAGAAGGAGAAGUAAGAGAUAAGAGGUUAUUACCUCAGUAAAACCUGCAGGCCACAAACCAAAAAUCUGCAUAGCCACAGUAAAGAUCUAGUUCGGUUUAGCUUUUAAUUUAAGUUGCAGUUAUUUUCAAUUUAGGCUAAUACUUGGUUUUGGAGCUUUUAAACACAGUAUUUUUGUUAUACAUCACAACUUUGCAACCUCUGCUCCAAAAAAGAAUAGAAUGAGUUUUCUUAAAGUGAGCUUAAUUUAUGAACUCUUGGUGAUAAUUCAUAUAUGUACAUUGAUUCUAUGAUCCCAUUUCAUAUUGCACCAUACAGAAAUACUGUAUAUAAAUGAACGGUUUUUUAUUUUCAUAUUAUUAGUAGUAUCAUGGCCCCAUUAUAAGCCGAUUAACCUCAAAAAAAAAAAAGAAAGAAAGAAAGGAAAUCCCUUUUCUAACCCAAAAUAGUAAGUUUUAAAUAAUAAAAUCAGAGCUAUAACCUGGUAAAAAGUCCUUCAGAGAGAAGGAAAAUGUUAAAGGUUAGAAACUCAGAUCUACAUAAAGAAGAUCUGUUAGAAAAGGUUAUAAGUUAGAGAAGGAAUAAAUGAAGGUAAAAUAACAUCUUUAGUUUAUUUCAUUUUAUUUUUCUUAUUCUUAACUGACCUAACAGAGAACGAUUUGUUCAAAAUAAUAAUAGCAAUGAUGUGUUUGGUAAAUAUAGCUUAUGAAUGACAGUAAUGUGAUAAGGGACAGGAACGAGAAACUGGAAUACUCUGUUAAAAGGUACUAGCACUACCUGUGAAGCAGUAUAGUGUUAUUUGAAAGUACACUUGCAGUAGUCGCAAAUGUAUGUUGCAAAUUUUAGAGCAACAACUAAAAGAAGUUAAAAACAAAGAAGUAUAAUUUAUAUGCUAGGAGAGGGAAAAAAAAUGGAAUUAUAUAAAAUGCUCAAUUAAAACCAGAGAAGGAAGAAAAAGAUGGGAAGAUAAAAAGGAAAUAAAGAAUAAGGGCAAUGAAUAGAAAACAGUAACAAAUAUGGUAGAUAUUAAUCCACCUAUAUCAAUAAUCCUUUAAUAGGUGAAUGAAUAAACUAUGAUACAUCCAUAAAAUGGAGUAUCACUCAACAACAAAGAGAAAUAAGCUAUCAAGCCAUAAAAAGACACGGAGGAAUCUUGAAAGUAUAUUACUAAGUUAAAGAAGUCAACCUGAAGGCUACAUACUACAUGAUUCCAAUUAUAUAACAUUCCAGAAACUAUAUGA